GAGGUGAACCAGCGUGUGUCCUGUUCAGUUCAGAGUAACACAGGAAAUGAAGACUGAAGUCUUCUAGAAAGUUCAGCAGCAGCACCAGCAGCAGAGAGACGCACAGGGCUUGCUGAAGCGCUGACACCUCCGACAUGACGGGCAGAAAAAACCUGAUGAGAGUUCUGCUGCUCGCCAGUCUGCUUCUCCCAGGUGUGCGGUGCGUAAAGGAGGCAGUGUUUGUGUACAGCAGACUGGGAGGCGUUGCUCUGCUGCCGUGUGUCAACCAGCUUUCCUCAGACUGCUCUGGGAUCAGCUGGACCUUCUACAAGGGCGGCCGCUACACCGAGGAGGUCAGCGGGGGGCAGGUGAGAGCGGGCUCAGACAAGGCCGGCCGCAUGUCCAUCGAACCCAACUGCUCUCUCAGCCUCCGCGGCCUCAUCGUGGAAGACGCCGGCUCGUACCGCUGCCUGCAGCAUGCAGAAGGCAUCGCUGACGUUUACCUGUCUCUCCUCACCAUCACCUCCGUCUCCACCUUCACCGACCUGCAGCCCGGAGGAAACCUCUCCCUGAGCUGCAUCCUCUUCACCUACUAUGACGUUGGGAGCUGCAAGUCAUACUCCAGCGGCUUCAACCUCAGCUGGGUGGCUGAGGACGGUACCACGCUGCCCAAAGACACCAGGUCCGAGCAGAUUAUCCUCACUCGCUGCAACAUCACGCUGGUCAUUAAACUCCGGAGGGAUGACAACAACAGGAAGUGGAGGUGUCAGGUGAACACGGGAGAAAACCGCACGGCUGAGUUUCUGUACUUCACUUCCACCUUUUUGUUCCAAGAUCCUCCCACCGCCCAGAAUCUGAUUCCUUCUCCACCCACCAUAGACUGUCCUGUCGAGCUGCCCAUCAGCCGCAUCGUGCUCUGUGUGGCUCUGCCCGUCAUGGUGCUCAUAGUGGGAUUCUUCACCCGGAGAGGAGACCGCAAGAGGGCAAAAACAUCUGCAGCUUGCAUCCAGCUGCAGGAAAUGAACUGAU